GAACCUCUGGAACAGUAAGUUAAAGGGCUGCUAACAGGGCUAGCUUAGCUUCAGCUGGCUUCUGAUUGGCUGCUUACUCCAAACACUAGAGUCAUGUGACCAGCAGCUAAACCAUCAAACAGGAAGCAGAGUCAGGCGUUUCAAGAUGGCCGCCGUCCUCCUCGCCCUGACCCUGGCUGUUCCGGUGCUCCUGGUUGCCUCUGGUCCAGUUCCUGACACCAACAACGGGACGGCUCCUCUGGUUCUGUGGCAUGGGAUGGGUGACAGUUGCUGCAACCCGCUCAGCAUGGGAUCCAUAAAGAAGAUGAUGGAGGAGGAGAUCCCAGGGAUCUACGUUCUCUCUCUGAUGAUCGGGAAGAACGUGGUCGAGGACACAGAGAACGGUUUCUUCCUGGACGUGAACACUCAGGUGUCGAUGGUGUGCAGCCAGCUGGCGCAGGACGCCCGGCUGCAGGGCGGCUACAACGCCAUGGGUUUCUCCCAGGGAGGCCAGUUUCUGAGAGCCGUGGCUCAGCGCUGUCCCUCUCCUCCAAUGAGAACGCUGAUCUCCGUCGGCGGCCAGCAUCAAGGUGUGUACGGGCUGCCCAGGUGUCCAGGUGAGAGCUCCCACAUCUGCGACAUGAUCCGGGAGGCGCUGAACCGCGGCGCCUACAGCGACCUGGUCCAGAAACACCUCGUUCAGGCCCAGUAUUGGCACGACCCGCUCAACGACAACCUGUACAAGCAGCACAGCCUCUUCCUGGCCGACAUCAACCAGGAGCGGGUCGUCAAUGAGACGUACAGGAAGAACCUGCAGCAGCUGCAGAAGUUCGUCAUGGUGAAGUUCCUGCAGGACACCGUGGUGGACCCGGUCGAUACCGAGUGGUUCGGUUUCCUGAAGGCGGGCCAGGCCAAGGAGACGGAGACGCUGCAGGAGAGCGCCCUCUACAGAGAGGACCGUCUGGGCCUGGCCGCCAUGGAUAAAUCCCACAAGCUGGUCUUCCUCUCCACAGACGGAGAUCAUCUCCAGUUCAGCAGGGAAUGGUUCACUGCCAACCUGCUGCCCUUCCUCAGGUAGACCAGCAGAGGGCGCUGCAGCAGAAACUCCUCUUUUGCACUUAUACUUUCCAGGUGAUUUUAGCUUCCUGUUGUGAAUGAUGCUGCUUUCAACCCAAUAAAGACACAAACUUCCUGCUGUUA